AACACUUCCUGGUUACAUGUGUUGAGUAAAACGUGAGUUUGGCUCGGAGCUGACUUGAGCGGCGUGACACAGAGGUCACAGUAGUUUGUCUGACAAGAUGUUAAUUUUAACGAACAGGAUUAAAUUAUGUUCUCUAGCUUUUACCGUAGCUCGUAUGUGCAGCAGCGGCCCCGCGGCGGCCAACAAGAAGCCCACGGUUUACUUUGACAUUGCUGCAGACAACGAGCCGCUCGGCAGAGUCACCUUUGAGCUCGACGCGGAAACUGUACCAAAAACGGCAGAAAACUUCAGAGCUCUGUGCACCGGGGAGCAGGGCUUUGGUUACAAGGGAUCCAUUUUCCACAGGGUGAUCCCUCAGUUCAUGUGCCAGGGCGGAGAUUUCACGAACCACAACGGGACUGGAGGGAAGUCGAUCUAUGGAAGGACGUUCGAUGACGAGAACUUCAAACUGAAGCACACUGGACCCGGUAUUUUGUCUAUGGCCAACGCUGGCCCCAACACCAACGGAUCCCAGUUCUUCAUCUGCACCACCAAAACAGAGUGGCUGGAUGGCAAACAUGUUGUGUUUGGCAGCGUGAAGGAGGGGAUGGACGUGGUCAGGAAAGUGGAGUCUUUCGGUUCACGGACUGGGCGAACCUCCAGGAAGAUCACUGUCACAGACUGCGGAGAGCUCCAGUAGGACCGGGCAGUGGACACGGCCUCAUCUCCUGCUGUAGUUUCAAUUAAAAGGGUCGCGAGCGACAGAGGCUCUUUGUUCGGUCGUGGUGCAGAGUGUUGCCUCUAUGUACUGUACGAGAGAAUAACUCAGAACCGUAAACUUGUUCAUUUGUAAGUAUUAAAACUAGCCUUUCAUCAGGUUACAACUAAUGCACUUAAUUGUGACUUGCUACAUAAUGUGAACUUGUCCUAGUACAAAUAAUAUUAAAUUGUAAAUGGUGCAUUUAUUUGCAAAAAAAAAAAAAAACUAAAGUACGUUUUUCUAAAUAUGA